AUUUUCUCGGCUCUCUCCCCGCCGCUGUGGCAGCUGUAUCCAUGGCAACGAGAUAAACCAGAGUGUCCAGUUAAUCUGUUGUUGUGUUUGUUUAUGUUUCUAGGAUGUUUUUCUUAGAGAUUUUACUGGCUCCUCAGGAGAUGUGUUGUAAUGCCGCGACGUUCAGUGAUGCACCUUGGCAGUGAGUCUUUGCUCUUCACUCAAAACAUGGAGGAACCAGAUAUACGACAACAGAAGCUGGACAAUCAGAGAACCCUGUUGAUGAAGAAGCAGCAAAAGAAACGGGCUGAUUCUCAAAUGGUGGUAGCCAAUCGGGAUCCUCGCCAAAAGAACCGAAAACACAAAGCUGUCAAAUCAGAUGAGACACCUCUCUUGAUCUGCCAAUCCCUGAGCAACACCUCCCUCAGUGAUCAAGUUGAAUACGCCCAUGAUAACCCGCUGGAUGAGAUCACACUGGGCGAAUGUGACCUGACAGCAACCUUGACGCUAGAUGAGAUGCCCUCAGAGAAGCCUGUUAUUCCAAAGAAAAUGAACAUAGAGAUCGACAAAGAGCCUGAGGUGAAAUGUGAAGUGGAGAAUGAUCCCCAGGUGGAGGGGAAAAAGACAAAGAAGAAAGAGAAAAAAGAACAAGCCAAACAAGUGGAGCAGAAUGACGAAAAGGAGAAAGAGAAGGACAAAGACAAGGAGAAGAAAGAGAAAAAAACUAAAAAGAAGGACAAGACGAAGGAAUCUGAAGAUACACAGAAGACAAACAAGACGACAAAACAAGAGCGUAAAAAGAAACACUUACAGGAAGAUUCAACCCUUGACAUAAACUCAGGGGUGGAGGCGGCAAAGAAGAAUAAACACGAUGAAAGUGAAGAUGAAGAGGAAGACAGCUCCCAGAGGCUUGUCGCUCAAUCAACUAAGAGGAAAAAACAACUCGACACGUCCAGGUGCCAAAUAAGCGAUGAGCACAAAGAUGAGGAAAUUCAGGAGAAGGAGAAAAAAGAAAGAAAGACAACCAAAGGAGAGAAAACUACGCCGAGUCUAGCUUCCCUUAACUCGAACUACAGGGAGACUUCAUCUUCAAGCAGUGACUCUAAUGACAGACCAACGUCUCCAAUAUCAGUGGAGGAUCUUGAGAAGUUUGCCUUGCGUCCUGCCCCCAAAAACACAACGAUCCAGUGUAGGGUCACCAGGGACAGGAGCGGUGUGGAGAAGGGCAUUUACCCGACUUAUUACCUCCACAUGGAGAAGGAGGACGGCAAGAGGGUGUUUCUAAUGGCAGGCAGGAAAAGGAAGAAGUGCAAAACAUCCAACUAUCUCAUCUCCACUGACCUGACAAAUCUGUCCAGAGACACCAACUGCUACAUAGGAAAACUAAGGUCCAAUGUCCUGGGUACAAAAUUCACAGUUUAUGAUGGUGGAGAAAACCCUGAGAAGAAGCCUUUCAUCAAAGAAUGUGAAUCAGUGAGGCAAGAGCUGGCAGCAAUUUGCUAUGAGACGAAUGUUCUGGGAUUUAAGGGUCCUAGGAAAAUGACGGUGAUCAUCCCUGGCAUGCUGGAUAACGGUGAAAGAGUGUCCAUUCGUCCAAAAAAUGAUCUUGAGACCCUACUGGUCUGCCACGCCAACGGUACCACUGACAAACUGAUCACCCUGGUGAACAAAUCCCCAAGCUGGAACGAACAGACUCAGUCCUACGUGCUUAACUUCCACGGGCGUGUCACCCAGGCCUCUGUCAAAAACUUCCAGAUCAUCCACCCAGACAACGAUGAAUACAUAGUGAUGCAGUUUGGACGUGUUGCGGAGAACGUCUUCUCCAUGGAUUACAGUUUCCCCAUGUGUGCUCUUCAAGCCUUUGCCAUCACCUUGUCUUCCUUUGAUGGCAAACUGGCCUGUGAGUGACCCAUGCUGGUAUGCCUCAAGUGCUUAACUAGAUCCCUGAUCUAGAUAGAAUAAUAAAAAAAAUGUACAUGUUACUAUACCCAUAAUUUUCAACAGGGACAUUUUGAAUGUUUUGUAUCCUGGUGCAUCAUAAUACUUUGUAUAUACUCAAUAAGGACAAAAAAUGUGUGUACAGACUUAGACUUCAGAGGAGACUUGUUUUAUAGGUACAGUAUUAUUUUACCACUGAUUUUAUAUUCAAGUGGAAGCAAAGUAAUGUAAGUUAGUAAAAGUUAAUCUAAUUAUCUUUCUUUUUUACAUUUGCCAGAUGUGUAAAGGAUUCGUGCAAUUAAAAUAUUGAGGACAACUGUGUAAACACUACCAGUGAAAUAUUAAAUGAAAAUAAAACAA